AUGUGCAGCCGGGGAAAGCUAAGAGCAACGGCACCUGUCGCCUUAGCCCUUAUGAAUCGCAGCUGCUCAAUGACUCCAUCCAAUGCCCAGACCGCUUGGACGCCUCCAGGGAAUCUUCCUUACACCAAGCAGCAACUUCCCCUAUGUUCCAGGGAAGACACGGGCUGGCGGCCUGCCUGUGAAAGAGACCAGCCAUCUCUGGGCUCUGGCUUAGCAGAAGAGUUUAGCCAAUUUCCCACCAACCCACCGGGCUGCACGGCCGGGGAGGGUAGGAGGGAACCCUACGGAAAGCCGCUGCUGGAUGACCCCAUGCAAUGUCCGGGACGCUCGGACGCCUCCGGGGAGUCUUCCUUACACCGAGCCGAAAUCUCCCCUCCAGACCCAGGGACGGCAGGAGCUGACGACCCUGGUGCGAAAGACACCAGCCGUUCCUGGCCUCUGCUUAGCGGUGUCUUAGUGGGAGAGAUAAGCCGAUCCCUCACGAAAGGGUCGAAAGAUGCGGGCCUUGUUCCGGUGCAAGCUGAGCAGUGUCACACAUGGAUUCAGGGACAGGUGACUCCCGUUGAGACCUUCCUAUGCCCUAUUGAAUCCAAUCAUCCGGCUGAUAUAUUUUGUUGUGGCACCUGCACUGCAUCCUACUGCUGUUCAUCCCCAAAGGAUCGCCUAGACCAGACGAGCUGUUCAAGGGUCACGGAAGAGACUGAGGACCAAGGAGCAGGAGAGACGUCACCUGAGGAUCUAUCCACCAUCAAAAACAUUGGGCUAGUCCUGAUAAUAAUUGGUGCCACAUGCCUUUGCAUUUGGAUUGCAUUUGUCAUCUUUCAUUUCCGAGAUCGCACUGAGAUGAUCAUGCUGGACAAUGAGCAUCCAGAAAUGGUUCUUGAGCUUCCUGCCCCAGCUCCAGUUGACCCUCCUAUGCCUGGACCACCACCAGCUGCCUCUGGAAAUCCUGAUCCAGCAUCUCUGGGGCUUGAAGAGUCUCAAAGAUCCUCUGAGCUGCCUAUGGCUGUGGCUGGUGGCUCUGGAAGUCCCAUGGAUGAGGAGACAAUAUCUCCAGCUGUUCUCCUAGAAGGGAAUUUGGAGGUUCAACCUGAGGAAGAAGAAACAGCUCUUUAGCUACUAGUUGAUCCCUCUGGAGGCUGAGAAUAAGCAAGCUCCAAAGCUCAGCCCAUUUUCUACGGUUUUUAGCAUAAGGAACUGAACUACAGUUUAGUCUUUUAAAAUAUUUAGCUCUUCUUUAGCAGGCACUUCUCUGUUUGCUAGAAUGGUCUUUCAUGUGUGCUGUCCUCUCCCUGCCCCAUAUAUCUUUUGGUUUACAUGGAUUGUUUGUCUUGGCUGUCCCACUCCCUUCACACCCCUGAACCCAUAGUCAAGGCAUUUGAAUUGCUCUCUUCAAUCUCCCCACUGGAGGCUGGGGUUAAAAAAUAUGGAAAUUUCCCAGCCAUGACUUGAUACCUGAGCAGUCCUCAGGUUUUUUAUGGUCUGUUAGAAGAGAA